UAUCCAAUUUUCUGUGGCCAUGGGAUUCACAGUUAAGCUCUCUUUCCCAUUCUCGCUCGCUCCUCUCUUCUCUUCUCUUCUCUCUCUAUAUCUCUAAGCACUCAUGGCGAGUGCAGCACCCAAGCUGACUACUGGCCUCUUCACCACCGUCCCAUCUCCAUCCCACCGCCGUAAACCUUCGCCACACCACCUCCUGCAGCCACUUAUCUUCAAAAAACCCACGGCCACCACCAUUUCCGCUCAUCGUAGAAUUAUCGUCACGUGCAAAGCCACUGACGUCUCAUCCUCAUCGUCACCAGUGGCAAAGGAAGAGCCCGGGCCAUUGUCGGCCGGGAAUACCAACUGGGUACCAGUGGUGCCUCUGUCGGCGCUGCCAAAGGGAGAGCGGCGCGUGAUCAUACAGGACGAAGAAACCAUACUGCUUUUAUGGUACAAGGAUGAUGUGUUUGCUAUAGAGAAUAGGUCGCCUGCUGAAGGUGCCUACUCUGAAGGCUUGCUCAAUGCUAAACUCACCCAGGAUGGUUGUAUUGUUUGUCCAACAACUGAUAGCACUUUUGACCUACGAAAUGGAGCCAUCAAGGAGUGGUAUCCAAAUAAUCCCGUUCUGAGAGUCUUGACUCCCCCUUUAAGAAAUUUAUUCGUCUACCCCGUGAAAACUGAUGGAGAAAAUAUUUAUAUAAGCAUUACCAGAGGUGCUCAAUCUGAUGCAUCUGCAGAGAUUGUUUUCAGCGGAAAGGCUCAGCCUGGUUUAACUGCAACAGAUGUCAAUGUUGAUGAGGUUAGAAUGGUGGUCGAUGAGGAUUUUGAAGGUUUUGGUUUCACGGGGAAGAAUGAAUUGAUAAAUGGAAAGGCAGCAGUAAUUGGCUUCUUAUUGCUGUUGGAUUUCGAACUAUUGACAGGUAAAGGACUCCUCAAAGGAACCGGUUUCUUGGACUUCAUUUAUUCCAUUUCAGAUGCUUUAAAGUAAUUUUCGCUAAGGGCGUUGUCUGUAUGUAGUAUGGGUAAAGAUGUAACGUGGACAAGAUUUUAACUCCCUUCUUUCUAUUUCUUUCUAAGUACUCUUUAAUAUGCCUUACCAUGCAUGAGAUAAACGUGUAAUUAAAGAAUGAGUUCUGAUUGUUAAAAAAUAUUAGAACUGUCUUGCAUUCUUUCCUCCUGGAUUUGAUU